AUGGGAAUUCUGACCAAGGAGUUAAUCAAGCUCUCCGCCACGUGGUUUUCGGAGUCCCCUUCAAACAGCACCACAAAUUCUUCUCCGACUCUAUCGGGCACUACGCGCUCUGGCGUCUCCUCUGCGUCAUCACUUCUCCGAUCUAAUACCUCCUACGCCAAUAUUGGAGUGGAUGCAGAUGGAGCAUCCUUUGAGUACCAACGAAUGGAUAUGGCAGCUCUAUUGACCGACUGCGGGGUUGACAUGGAACUCCCCGGCUCGAUUGCUGAGCAGACUAAGGGUAUCAUCUUUCUCUCAGUGCCACAUCGAGGCAAUCAGUCAAUGAUGUUCCUCUAUCACUUCCCCAUGGUAUUCACUCUCACUCCUGAGGCUAAACAACUGCAACAAAGUUAG